AUGUUCAACUCGUGGGGCCUUGUCAAUGCCUACGGCACUUGGUCGUCGUACUAUGUCGGUCACUCGCUACGAGGGAUCGACCAGCUCCAGCUCAAUUUGGUCGGAUCAACCGAGUCAGCGCUCGUGCUUUUGCUCUCCAACGUCGUUGGCCGGCUACUCGAUGCAGGGCACUUCCGCAAGGUCAUUGGCUGCGGAACUUUUCUCGUCCCCUUUGGUCUUUUCAUGCUCACUGUUGUCCACCCUAAUGACGUUGAAGCUCUGGCAAACUUUGGCAGCAUUUGGGUCACGCAGGGCUUCGUCGUUGGCCUCGGCAUGGCGACUUUCUUUGUAUCUAGCUCGCAGGUUGCCUCGACAUGGUUCCCCAAGCGCAGAGGUCUUGCCGUCGGCUAUGUCGCAUGCGGUGCGAGUGUAGCUGGCACCAUCUACCCCACCAUGCUCCGCUACCUCAUCCAGUCUGUUGGCUUCAACAAUGCCGUGCGCUACGUUGCGACUCUGACGUCGGUCACAUGCAUCUACUCGUUCAUCUUCUGCACCACAGACCCAGCGCACGAGCACCACACACCAAAGACGUGGGGCAGCAUCGGCACCUGGGUGGAUGGCGAGGCAUUUCGCAACAAAGCCUGGUGCUGGUUCACUGCCGGCAUUGCCUUUAUGUUUUUCGGCUUCUAUCCUGUUUUCUUCAACCUUGAAGAGUGGGCAUCAGUACGCGGCUAUGGCACGCGUGACCGGACUGGCUCCCCAGUAAGCCCCUCGGACACAACCAACAAGCCUCUGCAGACGUUUUGGCUGCUGGUCAUCAUGAACGGAGCCUCGACCGUCGGACGCAUGCUCCUUGCCCAUUUCUCCGACAGAAUCGGUGCCGUCAAUAUGCACAUUGGCUCGCAGUUCACUGCAUCCUUGCUCACGCUCAUUCUCUGGACACUAGCCGGAUCCGAAACUGACGCCAUCGCCUUUUGCAUCGUCUUUGGCAUCUUUUCCGGCAUGGUCAUUGGCCUUCCCCCAGCCUCCAUUGGCAACAUUCUCAACUGCUCUUACACAGCGCCGGGCACCACGCACUUUGCAAAGAAGAAGCUCGGACACUGGACCGGCAUGAUGUACACGUUUGCCGCCAUUCCGGCUCUGACAGGGCCCAUCAUCGCCGGCCACCUCAUCACCUCAUACGAGACUUACAUCACCGUUCAGAUGUGGUCAGGCACCAACCUGCUCAUUUCGUGCCUGUGCAUGUGCGUCUCCCGCUGGUACCUUCCCUGCGCCAACGGCGACCACGCCAAGGACGCCCUCAAGCGCAGCUCCAUCUUCUCCAAAGUCUACGCAUCAGACAAGCGCAACAGCACCGGCCCUGAUACCUUUUCGCAGGCCCCAACUCGCGUUCCUAGUACCGCGCCCUCAAGGCCUGUCUCCCAGGACAGUCUUUAUGACGUCCAAGGCCGUAUGGCGUAA